AUGAGUUUGCGGAUAGGGAGGAGAGUUUCGUCUCCUAUUUUAAGACAGAAAUUCGGACUCUCAAGCUUUCUUUUCGCUGCUAGGAGCUUAAGUUCCUCUGUGAGGCUCUUUGACAUCAAGAGACAUGAGUCUAAUCAGGAUAAAGUUAAUAAGGAAAUCAGGAAACUAAAGACGUUGAAAGAUAAAUACCGCGAUGCUGGUUUCUUUGAACGUUUAAAGUUGCGUGGAAAGUUGAUGGAGCAAGAAGCUCGAGUAACAGAAGCACAAUCAUCAAAAGAAAUUGAUGACAACAUCUCCAUUCCAUCUGUCACAUUCUCCGCUGAUCCCUUAGAUAUUGACAACAUUAAGCAUUAUGAAGUCGUUUAUGCUUUUAUGUUAAGCAAAUAUAUUGAUGAGUGUAAGACAUACACAAACGGUAUGACUAUAAAUGUUAAUCCAGAUUCCAUAAUUGAGAAAAUCAUCACGCAAUUUAAGGAAACGUAUCCUAAAGAAAUCCCCAUUACUAAAGACGACGUUCUUUUUUAUUUUAAUAUUUAUUAUGGACUUCUGAAUAACGUAUUAUUUUUAGAUGAGUUAAAAUUCGAAAAUGAUAUUGUUUCAAAGAUACAGAAUAAAUUCGUCAACUUGGAGCCUACGGAUGACUUAACUUAUAAAUCAAAAGAAACAGCAUCUGAUCUUAAAUUGAAUGAAAACGUUGUAGAAGGUUGGUUCAAUAUUUUCAAGACUCUUUCUUCAGUCCCAUUUUCUGAUGGCAAUGAAAGGUUUACAUGUGCAAUUUGUCCAUAUGAGUACGCUCGCUUCAAGACAUUUGCUGACCAAGUGGGGCAAAUUGAAAGAAAUCUCUCUAAGCUUUACGGUAAUCACAAAGACAAAAGCAAAUUUGACGAAACGCAUAAGAGCAGUCUGAGUAAAAAUAACAAAACCGAAAAUGAAAAGAAGAAUGGAAAUAAAGAUAAGAAGCAGGUUGACUUUGAAAUUAAUCUUAACAGUCCGACUGCGAGGUAUUUUCAAAUAGGAAUUUUGGGAGGGCUUUUAUUUUACAUGAUAUACAGCUUGACUCAAGAUCAUAACAAUGAAAUAUCCUUCCAAGAAUUUACGUCUCAAUUUUUAAAUAAAAAUCUCGUUUCAAGAGUUGUUGUUGUGAAUAACAAGACGGCCGUUAUUGAAUUGAAUGAUCAAGGUAAAGCACAGUAUGAAACACAGUAUUACUUUAAUAUUGGGAGCAUUGAAUCCUUCGAACGUAGCUUGCGAGAAGUUCAGGAGGAAUUUAAAAUUCCGGAAGCAAUGAGAGUUCCUGUAGUGUACGUGAAUGAAGGCAAUCUCACUAAGAUGCUUAUCAACUUCUUACCAACUAUAUUAUUCUUAGGCGCAAUUUAUUAUAUGACAAAGAAGGCAAGUAUGGGCGGAAUGGGUGGUCCCUUGGGUUUUGGAAAAUCAAUUGCUAAGAAAUUUAAUCAGGACACUGAUGUUAAAAUCAGAUUCAAAGACGUUGCUGGGAUGAAAGAAGCAAAAGAAGAAGUUAUGGAAUUCGUUAAAUUUUUAAAAAACCCCGAAAAGUAUGAAAAACUUGGUGCCAAGAUCCCAAGAGGUGCAAUUUUAUCUGGUCCUCCUGGUACUGGUAAAACCUUGAUCGCUAAAGCUACUGCUGGAGAAGCUGGUGUGCCCUUUUAUUCUGUUUCAGGUUCUGAGUUUGUCGAGAUGUUUGUUGGUGUUGGGGCUUCUAGAGUCCGCGAUCUAUUCAAAACUGCUAGGGAAAAUGCGCCUUCAAUUGUUUUUGUAGAUGAAAUUGAUGCGAUUGGUAAGCAAAGAUCAAAAGGCAAUGCUAGUGGUGCGAAUGAUGAGCGUGAGACUACUUUAAAUCAGCUUUUGGUGGAAAUGGAUGGCUUUGAUACUUCCGACCAUGUGGUAGUUCUAGCAGGUACUAAUCGAGUUGAUAUUCUUGAUAAAGCACUUAUGAGACCUGGUCGUUUUGAUAGACAUAUUACUAUUGAUAAUCCAGAACUUCAGGAUCGAAAAGAAAUAUUUGAUGUUCAUUUGAAGAAAAUUAAAUUGGUCCCGAAUAUUGACCCUGAUUUAUCGGGUAGAUUAGCAGCAUUAACGCCAGGAUUCUCAGGCGCAGAUAUUGCAAAUGUUUGUAAUGAAGCUGCUUUGAUUGCUGCUCGCUAUAAUGCAAAAGCUGUUGCUUUAAGGCACUUUGAAUUAGCAAUUGAAAGAGUUAUUGGUGGUGUUGAAAAGAAGUCCAAAGUCCUUAACCCUGAAGAGCAAAAAAUUGUCGCUUAUCAUGAAGCCGGGCACGCGGUAUGUGGUUGGUAUUUAAAAUAUGCUCAUCCUUUACUAAAAGUUUCAAUCAUUCCUAGAGGACAAGGGGCUCUUGGAUAUGCACAAUACUUGCCUCCUGAUCAAUAUUUAAUGUCUGCACUUCAGUUAUACGAUCGUAUGAUCAUGACUCUCGGUGGCAGAGUUUCUGAGGAAUUACAUUUCUCCUCUGUUACGAGCGGAGCACAUGAUGACUUCAAGAAAGUUACUGGUAUCGCACAGGCGAUGGUGCUUAAAUUCGGGAUGUCAAAAAAAAUUGGAAUGGUGAACUACGCUGACACUCACUCCUCCGAUGAUCUAACAAAACCGUUCAGUGACGAGACUAAUGAAGUCAUUGAUGAAGAAAUUAAAAGAAUUGUAAACGAUUGUUAUAAUAAGUGUCGUUCUCUAUUGAAGGAGAAAGCUGAAGCUGUCGAGCUAGUGGCACAAGAGUUAUUGAAAAAAGAAUUUAUCACUAGAGAAGAUAUGAUUAGAUUGUUGGGUAAGCGUCCAUGGCCAGAAAACAAUGAUGCUUUUGACAAAUAUUUAGAAGGUAGAGCACCUUUUGCAGAUGAUGAAAGUCUCGAAAAUGACAAAAAAGGCUCAAAGGAUAAGAAAGAUGACUAA